AUGGCGUCGAUCGAUUCGCUUCCUACAGAACUCCUGUUGCGCAUCCUGUCGUUCCUCUCGCUGCAAAAUUUACGCAAUGUCAGACUAAUUGCUCGACGAUGGGAAGAGUUCGUUCUUGCCAAUCAAACCACCAUAUAUCAUCACGCCGCGCUAUUUCAUAACUUCGUCAAUUCUCUCGAUGUACUCCUUCCAGAAGCCAAGGAAGCACAGAACCUUCACUUCCUACGUGAUGUCCCAGACUGGUACCAGUAUUGCCGGAAAUCCUUUCAGCUUCAGAGGAACUGGAUGGGAGCUGGCGAUGCGAAGACGAAAACUUAUGGCAGAUACCCUUACGACAUCCAUCGCAUCAAAGCAGACGAACAACACGGACUCGUGAUCACGACGCACGAGUACGGCGGCCUCACUGUCUUCGACAUGGAGUCGUCAGAAAUCCUGUGGAGACUAGGCACCGGCGACGUUCGCCGGCACGCCCACUGCGAGUACGAGAACGGCUUCCUGAUCUUCGAUAGGGUCGGCGUCUCAAAGGAGGUCUGGCGCCUGGAAGUGUUGUACGAUGCCGCCGAAGAACCCACUCUCUGCCGCCCGGACGAGACGCAAGUGCUGGCGUGGCAGAAAGCCUCACAGAAUCAUCCCUCUCCCGACCGCCGUGGCCACUUCCGCCCCUGGGCUCUGAUCAACACCCCCGAGUUCGGGCGCGCCUACCGCUUCGUCCACCCAGAUCUGCUCGUGUCUGGCCUACGCAAGGCGUAUCUGUGGGAUGUGCGCACGGCGCAGCUCCAGCUGGUGGUGCAGGAUGUGCAGGGCGAACACCUCGGCGACAUCAACUACGUGGAGGUGAGCGCGAAACACGUGUUCGUCUGCUCGAGCUCGGCGCUGCGCAUAUUCUGCCGCGAGACUGGAGCAAUGGUAUACCGUCUCAAGUCGUACCAGUUCGUCUACUCCGACACACGGCUGGCAGUGCAGCUGGACGCCGCGUUGGCGCGCCAUGGUGUAGCAUCCCCGGGCGAAGUCGUGAUGCUCCACGGGGCGCCCACACAGAGCACGGCGCUCUACACCGCGUCCUAUGCAGAGUUCUCUGGAGUCCACGUCUCGCGCGACGGGUUGGACAUGGUAGCGCAGCUGAGCGAUAGCAGGGUGGUCAUCAUCCGCGACUUCAUGCGCGUCGUGCGCGGCGAGGUGCCGCUCAAGACUGCGGCGCUCGAGAUCGGCAAGACACUUCCACGUCGGAGCGGCCUCGACGAGCACUUCUCGAUCUACCUCGCGUUCGAGCACGGCAGAGUCGCUGCGGUCACCACCUCUGGGGUUUACAUCCUGACACUCGACCCUACGCGGCACGGAGUCGUCGACGCGGAGCGCGCGGCGCGGUCGAACGCGCACCGUAUCCCCCGCGCGGCGAUCGAGGCGGGGCUGUCGUGCCCGAACAUCGGUGUCGCGUCCAUGCCAUACUACUCAGACCGCCGCUUGCUCGCGAAGGUGACGUGUGUGCAGAUGACGGCGACGAAGCUGUUCCUCGUGUGGGACGCGGCGCAAACCCCAGAGCAUGCUGAGGGGGCAGAUGCGGGCUCUGUUCCGGGUCCGAGCACCGGCCCUGGCACUCAUGAGAGGGCUGUGGCGGUGAAUAUGGUCGUGGAGGCGGAGGCGGAUGCAGAGGUAGAGGGCGAGGUAGAGGAAGCGGCAGAGGAGGACGCGGCGGCAACUGUGGAGCCUCCUACUGGCGACGAUGUCUGGGAUGCCCCUGGUAUUGAUGAAUCGCAGGUCGUUACCGCCGGAGAACCUGUUGCGGGGCCGUCCACGAGCGCUGCAGUCAACGACGAGGCGGCCCAAGUGGACGAAGUGCCAUCCAAUGGUGAUGACGAAGACAAUUGGGUGGAUGCGAACGAAGAGCAGGAUGACCUCGAUGACGAAGACGGUAUCGAUGAUCCUGUUGUUCCCCUCCUCCCGACGGCACGACAUGAACAGGAAACGCAGCCCAUCGUCCUCUGCAUCGACUUUACCCCACUGUAG